AUGGCGAUGGACACGCCAUUCGGUUCGCUUGAUGGCGCUCCGCUCUUCACCCAAUUCGCAAUCACCCAAACGGAGAAGUUAGCGGAAUUCAUCGAAGAAUUCGAGAAGGAGGACAAACCAGUCCCUGAAUAUCUUACUGCAGGCAUCGUUGAGUUGGCAUUCCAUCUACAGAGAUUCCGACCCGAUGACGAUAUCCAACUGUUCCUUGUCCCUGGCAUGGACCCGGAAGAAAUCGUUUACAACAACCUCGAAGUCGCCUGGUGGCUCUCAGCCUGUCUUUAUUUCUACAACCGACUUGUUGACACUUUCAAUGACAACGUUCCCUUCUCUGUCGAUGCAAUCUUGAUGUGUCUACUCCGCGCCGAAGAAAUCAAGACCAUGACGGAACCCGAUGUGCUGCGCCGCCGUGAUCCCGUCACCUUCCCGGCUUUUGUGGCAGCCUGCAAUACCUCCUUCCGCCAGUCGUGGAUCUAUUGGUGGCGUUCCGUUCUACAAUACGACAAUGACACUGUCAUUCCCCAAUGGUUGACUAUCAAGCUCGUUUGGGCUAUCAAGCAGUCCAGGGCCGCUGAUGUGAAUUUCUCUUGGGUGGAGAUUCUGCGAGGAAUCGACAGGGAAGCAUCUACUAUUUCAGCUCAGUAUGAAUCGCUUGGCUUUUAUUCUUGA